UUAAAAUCUAGACAUAAGCAACAGUAAUAUUUAGUAGAGGAUCCAAGUAAUCUGGCCAAUCCGAGCUGUCAAAACUGACAAUCGAGAUGUGUCAGGCACACAAAAUUCAAUCGUAUAUAUCAGGCGAAAUUAAAGGUGUUGAGCUCUCUGAAAAGACACGUUUGGAAACAGAACAAAAUCAGACAAAUUUUAGUAGAAAUUUCUUAAUUUUCGGCAAUCAACGGUUUUAGCCCUCUUUUUAGUGACUUUUGUCAAAUCCAAAAAGAAAUCGAAACGAAAAACCAAGGAGGAUUCAAUGAUAUUGCAGAGAGCUUCAAGGAUUUAGAGGGAGAUUAAUUGGGGGAAAUAUAGAGGGAAUUUAGCAAUUUACAAAAUUUCUUGUGAGGCGAUCAACAACGAAUUCCACCACAAACGACAUGGGCACAUUGCUGCGUCCGCAUCAGUGCCAGGAGAGAAGGAGCAGCCACAGCAACCUGCGUCCGCCGGGCCGGCAAGAGUCGCUGAAUUUGUUGGGGAAAACGCUACCCAUACCGGUGGCCACCGCACCACAGUUGCGCACUCGCCGCCAAUUCAGCUUCAAUGGGAUGAAGUACGAGACCAACGGUCUGAUGCCCUUGACUCCGCAACAGCAGCAGAAGCAGAAGCAGCGGCAGCAGCAGCGGUGGCGGCGGGAGCAGCCACAGCAGGAUCAGUUCUUGAAGAUGUCAGGCGGUGCCAGCGGCAGCAGCGGCGAACUAAGGAUGCGGGGUGGCGGCAACAGUUCCAUCAUCGACAUGGCCACCCACGAGAGUGCUGGCGGCGAUAAUGGCUGGCGUUCGGAUCCGAAGAAGACGGUUCCUUCCAAUAGGAUGAACAGCGUGCGAUUGACGGGGAUGAACAGGAGCAACAGUAAGGUGCAAAUGAUGUCACCUGCCAAGACCAAGAUCAACCCAUCAUCAACGGCAGGCAUAUCAGAAUCGGGGUCACGUUUAUUAAGAACUCCGAAAUAUCCCAGCCGAACAAAAGUCAAGGAGGAGUUGAACCAUGAAAUGGAGCAUCAGGAUCGAAAUGAGGAUUAUCUGGGCAAGGGUCGAAAGCAGUACCACAGCCAGCAGCUGUUGCAAAACGGUGUCAACACUUCGAGUGCUCCAAGGCUUUCCAACGAUGGGGGUUAUGGCGCCAAGCAACGCCUGAUGUUUGCUCAAUCAUUGAUGAAGACGGCUCGCCAGGAAGUGGCCAAUGGCAGUGGCCUGGACCCGCCGCCGGCCAUGGUCAUCCCUACUACCAUCGGCGGCGGAAUGCCCUCCAAAAUGGACUACAUAACGCUGGCCGGCCUGGUACUCGGCUGCAUAGCCUCGCAUGCCCUCUACUUCCUUUGCUGGUACUUCAGCUGGCUGAAGAACCAGGUGGUGGGCCUGCGGAGACGCUUUCUUGGCCACUCGAAUCUAUGGGAGUUCUUUGACCUGGACGAUACGUCCCGAUAUUCGGUGCAGACAAAGCUUGUCCUGGCGCCGCUGAUCAUUGCCGGCGCCCUGCUCUACUGUGUGGUCAAUAUGCUGCACAUGCUGGUCCAAGUGGUGCGCUCAGAUGUGCCGCGCACAGUGGUUGUGUUUGUGCAGCGGGUGGCUAACAGUGGACUCCUGGGCACCAUUACCACGGGCCUGGGUGGCGGUGGUGUCGGUGCCUUUAGACGGCAUCGUUAACGUCCAGUCGAAGGUCCUUCCAUCGCGUCCGUUUUUCCAUCUCCCACAAAAGCUACUCCUGUCGUGUUGGUGGGUUCAAUAAUUUAAUAAAAAUCAAUUAUUAGAUUAAUUCA